AUGUGUGAGGUAUUAUCUAUUGAUAAUAUUAUUAUUAAUGAUAAUAAUAACAACGAACCAUGCCAACAUGCUGCAUUCAUCAAUAACACAUGUGCAUUUUGCAAACGGCUCAAGAAAGAUUGCAACAAUCCCAUUACUAUACCGUUUCGUUACAUCGAUCCCAAUUUCUCUCUCACCGUGGAGGCGAUUCAACACCUACGAGGUUGUAACUUUGAAACGUUACUAAACCGCAAGAAGCUACACUUAGUACUUGACUUGGAUAACACAUUGAUACAUUCGAUAAAGACCUUAUCAAAAAGAUUUACCCUAGAGGAUAGGGAAAAGAUCAAAACAUCCUAUGAAGAUGUGUACGAGAUUUGUGAUGGUACGAGGUUGGUUAAGUUAAGGCCGGGUGCUCGUGAUUUCCUUGUACAAGCUAGCACUAUGUUCGAGUUAUCCAUCUACACUUUGGCAAAAGAAUCAUACGCUAAAGAAGUGGCUAAAAUGCUUAGAUCGAAUGUGUGCCAAAAAAGGGUUAAGUUUGAAAAUGUGAUUUCUAAGGAGGAUUGUACAAGUUGUUGUCCUAAGCAAAGACGGAAGGGGCUUGAUGUUUUGUUGUCUGACGAACGGGUGGUUUUGAUUGUGGAUGAUUUAGAAGAGGUUUGGAGUAAUGAACAUAAGAAAAAUCUAAUAAAAAUUAAGCCAUAUAAGUUUUUCAAGAGAAAAAGUCCUUGGUUUGAAGCUUUCUUAGAAAAUGACCAAGAACUUUCUCGGGUUUUGGGUGUUCUAAAGAAGGUUCAUAAUGUAUUUUAUGAAAAGGAAGAAAGAAAUUAUGAUGGUAAAGAUGUGAGGGAAGUGCUUGAAGAAUCAAGAUUCAGUCUUUAGUUGAAGAAUUUUUUUACGUGCGGUGGUUUGGAAAGAGUAAUAAAGUUUUAUUUUAAUGAGAAAAAGAUUAUAUGUGGUUGAACCAAGGUUUUGCAAAUGUAUUUGAUUGUAAUUUUCUUAAUGUAAUUUUAGAUAUGGUGUAUUAAACUCAUUGAGCUCACAAGUCACAAGAAUACUAUGACGUCUACGAGACUAUGAGUAUAGUGUAUUAGUGUUUGCAAUAGUAAAAAAAAUUUGGGUUUUUCUAAGCUAUGCCCCUGAGGAGAUGGGUUUUCUAAGUUGUGCCCAUGCUUUUUGAAAGUUUUAAGCCAUGCCCCUGAACUGCUAAUCUUUAAUCAACUAUACCCUUCCCCUAAUCCCUCCGUUAACUUUCUGUGAAAAAAUCUGUUAACUUUAAUUAUUUUUUUUUUAAAAAAAAAAAACCAACCAAAAAUCCUCUCUCUUCCCAACCCCUCCACCUCCUACCACCCACCAACACACCCCAGGCCACCCGCGGAACCCCACCUGCGAGCCGAACCCCACCAGUGACCCCUACCAUCACCCAUCAUAGCCCCACCACCACCCAUCGCAGCCCCACCACCACCCAUUGCAGCCCCACCACCACCUAGUGCACCACCAAAGAAAGUGUUCGAAUGCAAUGGAGGAAUUUAAUUCGAAUUGAAAUUUCGACAAAUUGGUUUAGGGA